CCGCUGCUGCUCCCGGCCCGGGCGGGGGGAGCCCGGGGGCCGCGCUGGGCUGGAGCCGCCCCUGGGCCGGCAGCGCCGAGCUCCGCCGGGGGAGGGAGCUGCUGCGCCGGGCCGGCAGGAUUUCUGAUCCCUGGGCCGGACGCUCUCCCGGAUGGAGCGAGGGGCAGAGCCGGGGGUCCCGGGGCCCCGGGGCGCUGAGGAGACCCCGAGAGACGCCCGCACAGCGCGUGGGAACGAGGAGGAGGCGACUCAGCCCGGGGUGGCGAAUGAGACGCUGCCAGGAGGAUCUGGAGGGGACGUUUCCUGGAGUCCGGAGCCGGGGAGCCCCACAGAGGAGAGUGGGGGUGAACCCGCUCCCCGCGGGGGCGACACAAUGGACCAGAGCGAAGCCAUGGCCCGGCCAGGGCGACUCUACACCUGCCCGGAGUGCGGGAAAAGCUUCUCGCAGAGCUCGCACUUCAUCCGGCACCAGACGGUGCACACGGGGGAGCGGCCGUACCAGUGCGCGGACUGCGGGAAGAGCUACCGGCAGAACUCGGACCUGGUGAGCCACCGCCGGCUCCACACGGGCGAAGAGCCCUUCCACUGCGCCGAGUGCGGCAAGCGCUUCCGCCAGAGCUCGGAGCUCAUCAUCCACCAGCGCAGCCACACGGCCGAGGCCCCCUACCCGUGCCCCCAGUGCGGGAAGCGCUUCCGCCGCAGCUCGCACCGCCUGGCCCACCAGCGCACCCACACCGCCGAGCGGCCCUGCAAGUGCCCCGACUGCGGCAAGGGCUUCCGCACCAACUCGGACGUGGCGCAGCACCGGCGCACCCACACGGGCGAGCGCCCCCACCAGUGCCCGGACUGCGGCGAGCGCUUCAGCGUGCGCUCCACGCUGGUCAACCACCGGCGGGUGCACACGGCCGAGCGGCCCUUCGCCUGCGCCGAGUGCGGCAAGCGCUUCACCCAGAGCUCCACCCUCAACCGGCACCGGCGCAUCCACGUGGGCGAGCGGCCCUACCGCUGCCUGGAGUGCGGCAAGAGCUUCAACCGCAGCUCCAACCUGCUGACCCACCAGGUGCUGCACACGGGCGAGCGCCCCUUCCGCUGCCCCCGCUGCCCCAAGAGCUUCAACCAGCGCGCCAACCUGCUGACCCACCAGCGCACCCACACGGGCGAGCGGCCCCACCAGUGCCCCGGCUGCGGCAAGCGCUUCAGCCAGAGAGCCAACCUGCUGGUGCACCAGCGGCUGCACGCGGGGUGCGUCCACACGGGCGAACGCCCCCACUGCUGCUCCGAGUGCAGGAAGGGUUUCAGCCGCAGCUCCCAGCUGGUCGAGCACCGCCGGACCCACACGGCCGAGCGCCCCUUCCACUGCCCCGUCUGCCGGAAAAGCUUGGGCCAGCGUCUCGGGAACCAUGGCCCCCCGCGCCAGCGACUGGCCACACCCCGUGGAGGAGACAGUCGGGCCCUGAGGAGCUUACACUCUACGCAGCCGAAGCACAAGUUCUCCCCAUUCACAGGCGAGGGGCUGGUGAGCGAGACCGAGGAGAAUCCCGAACAGGACGGUCCGGAGCCAGCAGAACUGCCUGGGACGUUCCCGGGACGUUCCCCGAGUCCUCAGCGGGGAGCGGCCUGCGAGCGGCAGGAUGACAGUGCCAUGGCAGAGAGACUGGGUGAGUCCGCGCCGUACGGGGCGGAUUUCACAGGCCCCCACGGGACCGUGGCCCAGCCCAGAGCCUCCCCGGGAGACAGACUCUUCACCUGCCCCGAGUGCGGGAAGGGCUUCGGGCAGAGCGCCCACCUCAUCCGGCACCAGACGGUGCACACCGGCGAGCGGCCUUACAAGUGCCCCGAGUGCGGGAAGGGCUUCAGCCAGAGCUCGGACCUGACCACGCACCGGCGCGUCCACACGGGCGAGGAGCCCUACGCCUGCGCCGAGUGCGGCAAGCGCUUCGCCCAGAGCUCCAACCUGAUCCGGCACCAGCGCACCCACACGGCCGAGACCCCCUACCGCUGCCCCGACUGCGGCAAGCGCUUCCGCCGCAGCUCCCACCUGGUCAUGCACCAGCGCACCCACACCGGGGAGCGGCCCUACCGCUGCCCCGACUGCGGCAAGCGCUUCAGCCACAGCUCCCACCUGCACCGGCACCAGCGCAUCCACACGGGCGAGCGCCCCUACAAGUGCCCCGACUGCGGCAAGAGCUUCGGCGUCAAGUCCACCCUGGUGACGCACCGGCGGGUGCACACGGCCGAGCGGCCCUACGCCUGCGCCGACUGCGGCCGGGCCUUCGCCCAGAGCUCCACCCUCAACCGGCACCGGCGCACGCACGCGGCCGAGCGGCCCUACCGCUGCCCCGACUGCGGCAAGAGCUUCAUCCAGAGCUCCAACCUGGUCACCCACCUGAUCCUGCACACGGGCGAGCGCCCCUUCCACUGCCCCCGCUGCCAGAAAACCUUCAGCCAGAGCUCCAACCUCAGCCGCCACCAGCGGACCCACGCGGGGCGCCGGGCCCGCCCAUGCCCCGAGUGCGGGGAGAGCGUCCCGCGUGGCGCCGGCCUGUCCGCCCACCAGAGACGCCACGCGGGGCAGGAGACGCCCUCCCCGCCCUGCUAGGGCCGGCUGGUCCUCCUGGUACCCGCCCACCAGACACCAUGCGGGGGAGGAGACCCCCUCGCCACCCUGCUAGGGCUGGCUGGUCCUCCUGGUACCCGCCCACCAGACACCACGCGGGGGAGGAGACCCCCUCGCCACCCUGCUAGGGCUGGCUGGUUCCCCAGUACCCGUGCACCAGAAAUGCCACGUGGGAGAGGAGACCCCCUCGCCACCCUGCUAGGGCUGGCUGGUUCCCCAGUACCCACCCACCAGACGCCACAUGGGGCAGGAGACCCCCUUGCCGCCCUGCCCAGCCAGAGUGAGGGGCGCGCUCCCCUAUUCCCUCACACCUCUCCCAAGUAUCCGUCCGCCCCAUCCUUGCUAGCAGCUGAUCAGACCCCUCCUCUGGCUCUGCCAAGCCCAGGCAGCCCCAUCGGCUCCUCCUUGCUGCCGAGUUCCUGACCCACCUGAUGUGGCAGGGGGAGAAGGAACCUGCCACCCGCCUCUGCGUCUGGCCCAGCUGGAGCCGUGUCCUGUAGGGCGCUACCCUCUCCCCUCGGUGCUGCCCAGGGCGCUGGGCGCUGGCUCGUGUGUGAUGGGCUGUGCCGGGGUUUGGCCGGCAGGACGGAGAGCCAGCCCCCCUCGCUCUCAUUUCCCCGGGUCUCCCCACGGAGCGUGCGCUGUGCACCCUGCCAGUGGUACCCGGAGCCCUUGUGGGGGGCUCCCUGCUGCCGGGGGGAGCUGGCCAGCACCGUCGCCCCCUUCCCGGCUGUGUUUAUGAGGAGACGUUCCAUUCUAGCUCCAUGGAUAAAAGGCCGAUGACGCCGUCCCAGGAUGGCCGAGGCCGCCCGACCGGGCCAGGAGUCCAGCCAGGUCUCUCCUGCCCAUCCCUCUGCCUCAUUUCUCCUCUCCCCCCUCCCCGGAGAGUUCAGUGCUGGACGGACCCUGCAAGUGAUCAAUAAACCAGGUAGCAAAGACCAGGAGUCGCUGCGUCGGGAAGCUCCGGGGUUUCCGUCGGCUGAGGGUGAGAGUCACGGACCGGGCGUGAGAGGCUGAGCCGGGUGUGUGUGU